AUGAGAGUGAGGCGGUUGAAUGAGGUGGUGAACAAGGUGGUGCCAAUCUAUGGACGAGGGAAUUAUCCCACUUUGGAAGUGCGACUGAAGGAGCUGGUAUGUGUGGUGAGAGAUCGCCUGUUGAAAGCAGACAUCCAAGUCCGCGAGAUCCGGUUGAAUGGAGGGGCAGCAUCUCAUGUCCUGGAUCAGCAACCCUACAAUGACUUGGACCUCAUCUUUGCUGUGGAUCUUUCAGAUCCCUUGCAUUUUGACAGAGUCAUGACUGCCACUCUAGAGUCCCUCAUGGACUUUUUACCAGAUGGAGUGAGGAAAAAUAGGAUGUCUCCCUGCAGCAUGAAGGAGGCAUAUGUGCAUAAGAUGGUCAAAGUCUCCACACCAGAUCGUUGGUCACUUAUCUCCCUCUCCAACAGUCAUGGUCGGAAUGUGGAAUUGAAAUUUGUGGAUCGAAUGCGCCGCCAGUUUGAGUUUUCAGUAGAUUCCUUUCAGAUCAUUCUGGAUUCCUUGUUGUUGUUUGAAGAGCAUGCAAGUGUGCCAAUGAGUGGGAGUUUCUAUCCAACCGUGAUUGGGGAGUCCAUGUAUGGGGACUUCCAGGAAGCUGUUAGACAUCUCCAUGAGAAGCUGAUUGCCACAAAGCAGCCAGAAGAGAUUCGUGGAGGUGGACUAUUGAAAUAUUGUAACCUCCUUGUCAAGGGAUAUAAGCCAGCUGUUCCUGAUGAGAUGAAAAGCCUUGAGCGAUAUAUGUGCUCCAGGUUCUUCAUUGACUUCUCUGAUCUCAUCCAGCAAGAGUGCAAGCUGGAGAAUUACCUGGCCAAUCAUUUCAUGCAAGAGGAGGAGAGUUUGAAGUAUGACUACCUGAUGAUCUUGCAUCGAGUGGUUGAAGAGAGUACAGUGUGCCUGAUGGGCCAUGAACGGCGUCAGACAUUGAGCCUCAUCCAGGAUCUCGCAUUUGGAGUCUACUGCCAGGAGCAAGCAACACUGAUCUCCAGUCAUUUCCCGGAGUCUCUCUCGGUUGACUUCCCUCCAGGCCUCCUCUAUGCAAAUCAGUGGUUUUAUUCAUCUUGUGAGCAUCACCCUCGACCCCACACCCAUGUCCACACUCAUCCUCAAUGGUUGCCCUGUGCUUGAGAUGCAUGUCCAUCAGGAGGCCCUAUUUCUUCGUCUUCUCUUAUUUAUUGCAGUGACCGCUUGCAAGAGUGGCCUCUCUCAUUCUUUUCCCUUCCCUUCCCUUCCCUUCCCUUCCCUUCCUCCUUUUCUUUCUCCCUCUUUUGAAACACAUCUGUUCAUUCCUGUUGGAAAGUGACUUGUCCUUUACCAUUCCUGACCAGCAAAGACGAGGACUGAUGAACAUUGUGAUACUAAAAAAGAGAGAAAAAAAUUACUUGUUUCCUUCAUCCUGUUUUGGCUGGUGUUGUGUGUAGGUCAAAGGGUCUUGUAUAUGACGAAUACUCCUCACUUGCUUGGGUUUUUCCAGACGUGUGGCUGUGAUGAGCAGGCCUGCAGUUGCUUGAAGCAAGAAAAGGUGCAAUAGACUAUAUACAUUACAUUACAUUUAGCUAAAUUUCUCAAUCUGAGCCGGUUCUCUUGUCUAUCAAUCAAGUGAGCACUUUUUUGUUUGAAGCAUCUCCAUUUUCUCCAGAUGAAAUGUGCAAAGAGGUUUUGUUCCUUCAGUGAUGGUGUGAUUUGCAGAGGUAUUUUGAAGAAUAAAGCGAUACAAAUUGGAA